AUGGCGAAGGGAACCUUCUCGCAGGUCUCUAAGGACAGCGACGAUGCCAUCAGAGAGGCCCGAUCCUCGAAACGGUUCCCCGACCCCUCCGCUCUCGACUCCUUCGUAACGGACCAAGUCCGAAAGAAGAUGGAGGCCAUGACCCAAGUCAUCAAGACGUAUCUUGAUGUCGCCCAGAACCACAUCCGGUCAGCAGACCAUUUCAGAGGCAUUGGUGUACAGUACCUGUUUAGAUGGCUGCGUCGUUCAGAGCGCUUCACCAUUCCACACGCUGUGCUGAAGCAAACAUUAUCCACCGCGGCAUUUUAA